UUAGCUUCCUCCUAACAUUAAAACCCCAACAACUCACCAAAAAGAUCUUAGCUUCCUCCAAACAUUCUACUCCCAGUCUCCCACCUCUCCACUUUAGCUCCCUCAAUUCCAACAAUCACAAAUUACCAAAUUACCCUUCUCUCCUACCCAAAUAUCUCUAUUUUACCUUUCUCUGGUUUUGAGCUGUCCAAAAAAAUGAUCAUCCCUGUUUUUUCUCUCCUUUUUCUCUACUUAAUCACCGGAGAGGCUCAACUUGUGCCUGGAUUCUACGCCAGCACUUGCCCGAAAGCCGAAUCCACGGUUCGAGAGGUCCUACAUAAGGCCAUGAUCAAUGAAACCCGAAGCGCUGCUUCAGUCAUGAGGUUGCAGUUCCAUGAUUGUUUUGUUAAUGGAUGUGAUGGGUCGUUGUUGUUAGAUGACACACCAACAAUGCUAGGGGAGAAAUUGGCCCUUUCAAACAUAAACUCGCUGAGGUCAUUUGAAGUAAUUGAUGAAAUCAAAACAGCUGUGGAAAAUAUCUGUCCCGGAGUUGUUUCUUGUGCUGAUAUCGUUGUCAUGGCUGCUAGAGAUGCCGUUGCUUUGAGUGGAGGGCCAGAUUGGGAGGUGAGAUUAGGAAGAAAGGACAGUUUAACUGCAAGCCAAGAGGACUCAGACGCGAUUAUGCCAAGUCCAAGAGCCAAUGCCAGUGCCUUAAUAGACCUCUUUGCGAAGUUCAACCUCUCAACCGAGGACCUUGUGGCCCUCUCAGGGUCUCACUCCAUUGGCAAAGGUCGAUGUUUCUCAAUCACCUUCCGCCUUUACAAUCAAUCAGGGACCGGAAAGCCUGAUCCUGCAAUCGAUCCUCUUUACAGGAUGGAGUUGGAUAAGUUGUGUCCUGUUGAUGGAGAUGAGAAUGUGACUGGUUACUUGGAUGCUACUCCUACACUCUUUGAUAAUCAGUACUUUAAGGACUUAGUUGCAGGAAAAGGGUUCUUGAAUUCAGAUGAAACACUUUAUACAUUCGAGGAAACAAGGGAAUGGGUGGUGAAGUAUAGUGAAGAUCAGGGUGCAUUUUUUGAUGCCUUUGUGAAGGGUAUGUUAAAGAUGGGUGAUCUACAGUCAGGCCUGCCUGGCGAGGUUCGGACGAAUUGUAGGGUGGUCAAUGGUCCUAAGACUCCUAUGGAGUUGGUCAGUGAUCCUUGGCUGGCAUUUUAAUGUUGUAUAACUAUUGACACCAGAUAUACAGAGAUAACAGUCUAAUAGUAUAGUUUAAGAGAAUAUGGAUUCUGAAAAAAUGAAUAUAGGUGUAACCUUGUUAGGUGCUCCAUAAUAAAAUUACAUAUUAAGCAUGUUGUUAAUGUGAUGCAGCAAUUGAUCUAGUAUUACAUUGUUAUAGAAGUGACUCAAUUCUAUAUAGGAAAACUUUUGUGUACACCCGGUUUUCAGUAAUUUACUGUACAUCGGGUACACUUUUGUCAGAUUUAGUGUCACUUUUGUCAAAUUUAGUGUCACUUUUGUCAAAUUUAUCAAUAAAGUAUAAAUAACUAUUAUAUA